AUGGAAUAUCGUUAUUUAAAGAUGUACAGAGAUGUCAAUUUACGACUCUUUCAAUACAAUGGCGACAUCCUCGUAGUUAAUAAUCCGGAUUUCCCUGUCAUCGCCUCAGACAUAUAUGGUGCUACGCUGGAACUUAAGAGUACCUAUUCUGGACAAAGAGCUUGUUUUCUUGAUUUGGAUAUCUCUUACCAUGGCACUGUCUGCACUUCCGACGUCUGUAACAAGGCUCUGGACUCUCCCUUCCCGGCAAACUUUUACAAUGCUCUGAAUAGCGAUGUCGAUCGAACUUUACAUGAGAGAAUUCUCAUUUUCCAAAUGCUGCGAUACUCGCGUAUCUACACCUCUUUAGAUCGACUCGUUUGGUGGGCCGAACGACUAGUUUCUGGGUACUUGGAAAGGGGUUACGACGUACGCAAAUUUGUUAAUAGGCACACCGCUAACCUUGCUAAAUACCUAUACUGUGAUGAUCACGGGAAUAAAGUGAUUUGCGCGUCGAUACUAUCUGGCGUUAGUUCGGCAUAA